GGCUUGCCACGUCCUCAGCGCGGUAGCAGGGGAAGCAGCGUCUCAGCGCUUCUUCGGAGUGGCGCCGUAGCUCUCACUCUGUACUUCAUGCUGGCCUUGGACUCAUUGUGUAGCCCUUGAGCCCUCAGAGAUACUCCUGCCUCAGCCUCCCGAAUACUAGGAUUGCAGUGUCCCAGCUGGCUGCCCAGACCCCCACACCUCAGUGGCAAGACCGAAGACUGCAGAUUCCACAGAACUGUCCCACCCCUGGGCCCAGUGGAGCCCCGAUGGAGCUGGCUCUCUUACAACUGCACCAGAGGCUGCUGUUGCUGCUGGGGACAGCUACAUUGGCUGUGCCUGACCUGCAGACAGCCGACCUGACGCAGCUGUGCGGGCAGACGUGGCAGGGCGCCGGGCUGCUCCUGCGCUCCCACGCGGCCUCGCGCAGGUUCUACUUCGUGGCUCCAGACACGGAUUGCGGGCUCUGGCUGCAGGCGGCAGCCCCGGGCAACAGGAUCCGCUUCCAGUUCCGCUUCUUCCUGGUCUACAGCCUGACCAAGGCGGCGCCCAAGCCCCCGCCCGACGCCUCCACCCCGGCACCCUCCCACCCCUGUGCCCCAGGCUCCUACCUGCAGCUCUACGAGGGCCCGCCCGGGGCGCCACGACCCCUGGGAGCGCCUCUCUGUGGUCUGACCAUUCCGGCCUCCGUGACCUCCUCCGGACGCUUCCUAGGCCUUCGCCUGGUCACCAGAGGCCGCCACCCCCGUGUGGACUUCGUGGGUGAAGUCACCUCUUUUCACUUGGGACCCUGUGAUACCUACUUCCGCUGUCAGAAUGGCAGGUGCAUCCCCCCAAGCCUGGUGUGUGACCAUUGGGGCAUGGACAACUGCGGGGAUGGCAGCGACCAGGGCUCCUGGCCACCAGCCAGCUGCAGAGGUCCCUCUCUGCCACCCAGCCAGGCAGGGAGCACGGUGAAUGACUCCUCCAAGCCUGCGACUCUCUCUGUGACUCUGAGUUCUACAGGCCUCCUUGGGGGUGCGGUGCAGAAGAGGCACCCGGAAGGACAGGAAUGUGCCCAACGGGACGCAGCUCUGGAAGGCCCUGGACUACAUGCUCUGGCACUGGCUUCCCUGCUGCUUCUGGCCUCAGCUGGCCUCCUUGUAGGGCUGCUCUGGCGCCUCUGCUCUUCUGGCUGGGCGGUCUGGCAACUGGGGGCCCGAGGCCUGUGCCUCAGCUGCCGGGCAGCCAGGAAGAUCUGCUACCCAUGUCCUAGUCGAGUGGCCCCUGGGGGACUCUGGGGGCACCGCCCAGCCUUCCAGGACCAGGGAGGCCAUCCCUAG